AUGGAUGGUCCUCAGAAUAAUACAGAUCUCCAUCUAAGUGGCAUUCUUGAUGACAAUUAUUAUCGCUGGCAACUAUGGCUCGAAACUCAUAUUGAACUCGACGAUAUUGGAGAUGCAAGUAUCGAUAGACUAGUUGAUUUGGCCUAUGAACAUUUGGAAGAAAUGGAAGCAUAUGACAAUCGUCAUCGGCCUGCCUGUCUGAUUGAGAAUCUUCGAUCAUCAUCUUGA